AUGGAUGGUCAACGGCAACAGUACAUACCAGCGCCGCCGCCUCACAUCUCACAGUCUAGUGCAGCGACGCAUAUGAUGCCAUUCCCUCCACCCCCCCCUCGCAUGCCCCACUCAGGACACGGUCUUGUCCCUCCACCUCCUCCCGGUCCCCCACCAGGUACAACCUAUACAGUACAGCCGGGAUGGCAACAAGGAUGGGCGAGGCAUCAAGCAAUGGCUCAACAAUUUCCCCCGCCCCCUCCCCCUUUACUUUCUUCCAACCAAUCUCAAAACCCCUAUUUAGCGUACAGUGCUACACGUUCUCGCCAUCAGCCGGCCCCUUUAUCCAUUCCUUCUCGAUCAAUAGGUAGUGAGACACACCCUCUCACAUCCGCGACGUAUAUUCCAGGGGGCGAAUCGUUUGGCCCUGGCGUUGGGAUUCCUCCGCUCUUCACCCACGAUCCACAAGAGGCGUAUGGGCGUCCAGAGCAAUACGGAUAUCCUAUUGAGACGGAAAGCGCAAGGCACGUUUCUAAUCCAACAUAUCAUGAUGGAACUCUACAGAGUACUGCAGGGAAUCGGUCACAUCAAUUAAACCUUCCGUUGCGCGACCACCAGGAUCCCCUUUCUCCAGGGCCACCAACCGCCACUUUACAUAACCCGCAACGCGACAAUUCUGGCCAGACAAAAAAUGAAUAUUCAGUCGGCGGCAUGACGGUCCAGGAAGCCGAUGAAAGAUGGCCUCUCGAUCGUGUACUACUGUGGCUUGCACAAAAUGGAUUUUCCAACGAUUGGCAGGAGACCUUUCGGGCGUUAGACCUGUACGGCGCUAGUUUCGUGGAACUGGGCAAUCGUUCAGAUGGUAGAAGCCACCUAAGUAAGAUGCACAAAGUGGUAUAUCCUCAGCUUGCCAAGGAAUGCAUAAAGAGCGGCACUGGGUGGGAUAAGACAAGGGAACGAGAGGAGGGAAAGAGGAUGCGGAAUUUAAUUAAGAAAAUUGCUGAUCAAGGAAGUUCGGAAUCUGCGAGCCUGGGUACUAGAUACUAUGACAGUCAAAUGCUACCCAGUGCAUCCACGGACGAUGGGUUAGAAAAUUCGCCUAAUUUAGGACGGGAUUCAUUCCCAAGCUACAGUUCUGGAACCGCUGAAAGCAGCCCAGGUCAGCAAUAUGCAGCUAGAGCAACACCCAAUUCGGCUCAAAAACAGUACUCUGGCCAACGUCCUGAAUUACCGAUUCAGGACUCUCGUUCGGACUUUUCUCGAAGCGUUUUUGGAAUGCUGGAUGGGCGGCGAGGGCAUAGCCCCUCUGCGUCAAGCGACAAUGGCAUACCGCUGACUUCAGAAGAUAAUCCUCAGAGCGGAAGUCCUGCACAACAUUUUGUCACGAUGGCGCACCAAGAAUAUGUCCCAUUCUCCGGAGAAGCCAAUGGAAGAUGUGAUAAGCGCCAUAGUUCUGACUCCAUGAUGAGCCGAGGUUUCUCAUCCCAAGGCUUCCUUGGUGGCCAAGGAGCUUGUAGACAAAAUGAUCCCAAGAAAAAUGGGCAAGGACCAUCACCACAAGAACAAGGAACACGCCAAGGACUGGGUGAAUCAUUGCCUAAGGAACACGGCAAAGGAUUUUUUCAUAAAUUGAAAUGGAAGAAGGGCACCGAUUCGAUGCAUCCAUCUCCAGAGGAAAUAUAUGCAGAUUCGCCUACGAGUCCAGUGGGCACACGUAACCCACCGCCAACUUCUGUGUUUAUGAAACCAGGGUUCAAUGGCAGCGAUAUGUCCUUGAGUGAACGACCGUGUUCUUCCGUUUCUGAUUAUGAUAAGGUCCAAUCACGGCCUCGAAAAGCCACAAACAACAUGCCCCAGAGACGAUUCGCCUUGGCUACUCCUGAUGGAUGGAAUUACCGAUUGAUAGAUCUAACGGAUGUGGAUGCUGCGGACACACUACGAGCUACCAUUUGUAAUAGCCUAGGGAUCAAAGACCCUGGAAGUGCUUUGAUCUAUCUUACGGAACCUGGUCAAAUCACCCACGAGGAGCCGCUUAGUGAUACGAUGUUGGUCGUGAAUCGCAGGACAAAAUCAGAUGCCCAAGGCACUUUGAAAUUUUUCGUUCACCUCGCUAAUUUAUCUGCGGCGUCUGCACCGGUGACCCAGCCAACUGGUUUGGGUCUUUCUUUGGCUGAGCGCACCCGUUUAUCUCGGAAUAUGGCGGACGAUGAGGCUCGGCACUAUAUGGGAGCUACAUCGCCCUCUCAUAGAUCCCAGCCGGGGAUGAAGCUUAAUACUACCAAAUCCUUCCCUUAUGACCAGUUCCAAUCUCAAUCUCGACCUUCAUUUGGUGAUAAAGGCCAGGCUAGCGAGAUAGAUAUGGAAGGUAGAGAAGCAUCAAUAUUAUCAGCGCAUGAAGAAUACCGACGAGAAGCCGAACGAAAGCAGAAAAUUUAUCUACAAUCAAGACAAGAAAAUCAGCAGUAUAAAGAUUCGCCUAAGGUGUCUAUAAGGCGUGAUGGUGUAAUAGAUUUUGAUUCCCCUCGACUUUCUCCAUAUGAAGAUAAAAAAACAGAUAACCUAGUUCCAUUACGAAAACCCCCAUCGGCACCGUCGGAGUCGAGCACGCUUUCUAAGGUCAAUUCUUUGAGCAGAAAACCUGGCGACCGCCCUAUCAGAGGUCAUGAUAGCACUGAUCGUGCGAAGCGCAGCUCUGCUGAACAGAUAUCUGAAGAACGUGGAGAAAAACCGUGGACAUCAACUGCCAGUACAGCCUCGCCUGGAUUAAGUGAUGGGCUUGGAGCAGCCUUGGCCGGAAUUGGAAAAGUCUCUAGUGCUAUUGGGAAACCUUUCGCCAGCCAAGCUGCCGCCUCUGGCCGCUCCCCACUCUCUGCAUCUGAGCCUGUUUCCGGAAAGGGUCGUUCAAUGCAGUCUGUCGAUUUCAACAGUGGUGAUGGGCGCCGAACCACUCCUUCAUCUUCCCCCAAAGUACCCUUUUUCAGCCGUGGAAAGGGCAAUACCACUUUUACAGUGCCUCAGUAUGAUGCGGAAGGGCGUACGAAACAUCCUGAAGACAUGAAGAAGCCUCUACCUGCCACAGGCCUUGAUGGUUCUUCUUCCGUUAGUCCGGCGAAAGUCAACACUCAUUCGGCAGAGAAGAGGAAGUCAAUUGGUCCGGAUUUCGAUUUCCAGGAAACCGAAGUGUCUUUCGCGAAAGCCCAAGCGCCUGAAGAUGAUUCGGAUGAGGAUUCGGAUGAGGGUCUAUUUGCGAUACCAUUAGCUAGUGCGAAGGGCGGGGCGCAGUCAAAGACAGUUAAAGCACCGACGAACAACCGCGGAGGUAGCCAAGGUCGGUCUACAAAACCUGCUCUCACUGUCAAUACCGGUUCGCGAGGAACCAAAGGGAUGUCUGUAAGCUUCAAAUCUCCGAGUCCUGGAGAAACAUCCAAUACGCCGUCCACUCGAAGCACAGUCAACGAACAAGGUGUGGAGAAUGAAGGGUUCAACCCUGAGAAUGGCUCGUCAGAUUCACCAGAGGCCUCUUGGUUCAACCGUCGCGAAUCAUUUGUCCGAGAUGACAUCUGGGCAAGUAGGCCUCCUGUGGAGGGUAUGAUAGAACAUUUAGAUGACUACUUCCCCGAUGUCGAUCUUGAUGAACCGUAUGUGGAAGGCAGCGUGAUGUCACCGCCGAUGUCGCCGACUCGCCCUGGACCUACCAUCGGCUCAGAGCCUGACAAUCAGGCGUUGCGAAGCACAGCUACGCACAGCACCCUUGAUUCUAUAAUGGCUCAGGAUAGCACAGACACCCUGGGUUCAGAUGAGUCCACCUUGAAGGCAAAGAGCACAAUUAAUAGCGUUGCACAACGGAAUAUUACUCGAUCCCAAGGUGGUGGACUAACCCGCAUGAAAUCGAUUCGUGAAGUUGCAAAGGGUGCCCACCAAAUUCAUAGAAACCAAAGCAUAACUGCUUCCAAUGCUAAAUCAGGCGCACUUCUUCGACGCAAGAGUACCAAGAUGUUUGGCGCGAAGAUUCUGCAGGUCAAACCUGGAAGUCGACUGAGCGAGCAUCCAGUUCCGCUCCCACCCCACUCGGGAUCUCAAAAUAAGCUGCCUCAGAGACAAGCCACUUUCCGUAUCAUUCGAGGUCAACUUAUCGGCAAAGGAACGUAUGGUAGGGUCUAUCUUGGUAUCAAUGCAGAUAACGGAGAUAUCUUGGCAGUAAAACAAGUUGAAGUGAGCCAAAAAGCUGCCGGUUAUGACAAAGAUAAAAUGAAAGAGAUGGUUUCUGCACUCAAUCAAGAAAUAGAUACUAUGCAGCAUCUCGAACACCCUAAUAUUGUUCAGUAUCUUGGAUGCGAGCGCGGCGAGUUGUCGAUUUCCAUCUAUCUCGAAUAUAUCCCGGGUGGAUCUAUCGGGAGUUGUCUUCGCAAGCACGGCAAGUUCGAAGAAAGUGUCGUCAAGUCUCUCACGCGCCAGGUCUUGAGCGGGCUGGCAUACCUUCAUGACCAAGGCAUUCUUCAUCGAGACCUUAAAGCCGACAAUAUCCUUCUCGACCUCGACGGCACCUGCAAAAUUUCCGACUUCGGCAUAUCAAAGAAAACAGACAAUAUUUAUGGGAAUGACGUUACUAAUUCGAUGCAAGGCUCGGUAUUCUGGAUGGCGCCAGAAGUUGUACAAUCACAAGGUCAAGGCUAUAGUGCAAAGGUGGACAUUUGGUCGCUUGGCUGUGUCGUCCUGGAGAUGUUCGCGGGCCGGCGGCCUUGGAGUAAAGAAGAGGCGAUCGGAGCUAUUUUCAAGCUUGGAAGUUUGAACCAGGCCCCUCCAAUCCCUGACGAUGUGUCUAUGGAAAUCACACCGGAAGCACUUGCUUUCAUGUAUGAUUGCUUCACUAUUGACACUUUCGAACGCCCGACUGCGGGAAACUUUGCUCUUCCAACAUCCUUUCUGCAAGGCUGA